CAACUCCGAACUUCUUAACUUGUUGACCACUGGCUGAUACCCAGGAUCUCUUGUAUUAACAUGUCUACUCCUACGCUGAUCAACUUGCCACCUCCCCCGUCGGACCCUGUCACCCCGUCCGAUAUGGGACCAGGCACUCCCAAUUCUGGCACCACUUCCCUAUCCGCGCUGUCCACCACAGCCAUCAAGGAUGGCCACCAGGGCGAACCAUUUCCCCACGGCCGCCACGCGCACCAGUCCUCUGCUUCCACAUCCUCCACAACAACCCUAGAAGCCGAGCGCGCAGAUCGCAUCUCCCGCCUAGCUGGUCUCGAGCGGGUCGCAACAGCACGUGCGGGCGGCCAGUCCAACGCGCCCACCUCAUAUGCACCAGGAUACUUCGAAAGCCAAGCCAUGAAGGAGCGAAGCACAGUUGGCAGCGCCAGCGCCACGGGGAGUAUCGGCGGCCGCACAACCUGGGCGAGUGGAAGCGAUGCAUUUGACGCAGACAAAAUGAGUGAAGAUCACGACCCGGAUGAUGGAACCUCGAGCGUGAGCAAUAUCAGUGAUGAGGGCAAUGCCAGUCUUGUAGGAUUCGGUGAGGGCGCCAACAGUACGAUCAGUGGACCGACCUCUCGUCCUGCCGGAUUGAACCGCUUGUCCUCUGGAGGUCCUGGGGCGCGUCCGACUUCGAUGAGCAGCACUGUUAGCCGGCCCAACCCUCUUGCCUCUUACCUUCAGCAGCAACAGUAUCAUGCUGGCGAAAGCUCGAUGAGGUCCCCUUCUCCUGCUGGAUCGAGUACCCCCGAGCCUAUGAAUGAGGAUGCUCGUAUGGUGAAUGGUAUGACGUUUGAUCCCGAUGUGAUUGAUACUACUGCCAGAACCCCGCGUCUGGCUACUCCAUCUGCGCACAGCAAUGGAUUUGGCUCACCAGGCCGGGACUAGAAUGGGUGUCUCCAAGGUUGUUAGAUCAAGAAAUUACGAAUGGCGUUUUUGCUUUCUUUGGGCUCUGCUUUCAGGUACCAAUGGCAAUGUAUGUAAUUCUACAGGGAUCCCUGAGAAGGUCGGUGGAUAUGACUGACGUGUAGGAGAGGAGUAUUGACUUUAAUGCAAGCUAUUUAUCUCUAUGGACUCUACUCUGUGG